AUGGCUGUAUUGGUUGCUGGAAUGACUGUGGGACCCACAUUCGGGAAAAAUAUGGAGAAGCUUGCAAGGAAAGCCAUGUGUAUUGCAAUUGUUGCUAUGGCUAUAGCUGCGCACCACAUUAUUCUUAUGGUGGUUGGAAACGACUACUGGUUGAGGCUUUUUGUUAACGGGUCGGGCAUUCUGUUCGUGGUUCUCACUUGUUCAAUCCAAUUACCGAAAAACAUGAUUGUUUAUAAAGUUUGUGGGGACGGGUCGGGUUGGGGACUAUGA